CGGCCAAUGCGUUUGGGGAUCUGGAUCCACUCGGUGCUACACAUCUGAGACCUAUAGGACCGCCGAGGGCGCAAGGAGGAGCAGGAAAAAAUAACAGAAAUAAGUCUAAAUCUGAGCUGACGGAUGCUGGAGUAAUGGAAAGUGUCAGUUUCUGGCGUUUAGCGGCUCUGGUGCUGUUACUGUUGGUCACUCAAUGCCCUCGGUCUGCAGCAGCCCAGAGAGGGAAGAAACAUCAAAGAUGCGACGAGGAGAUAAUGCUGACGACAGCCACAGCCUGUACCUCCUGUGCGAUAAGCCAAAAUCUCUUGUGUCCUCGAGGCUUCCAGAGGGACAGUCAGCAAAACAUCAGAAACAGAGACUGCAGUUUUACUGUGAACCUUGGUGGAGAACAGCUGAUCAGACAAGUUGGUUGCAGACUUAAAUGCAUGAAAAUGGCCACAGUAUCCAAAUGUUGUGAAGGAUUCUGGAGCCAGGACUGCCUAGAAUGCCCUGGUGGAUCAACAAACCCCUGCAAUGGACAUGGCAUAUGUUUAGAUGGAGUAUCAGGGAAUGGAAGCUGCAUUUGUGAGCCGAGGUACAAAGGAAAUGCCUGUGAGGAGUGUGCAGAUGAGGAAGCAUACGGCCCUGACUGUGUUGUGGGAUGCAGGUGUGUACACGGAGUCUGCAACAAUGGGAUUACUGGAAAUGGAAAGUGCAUUUGCUUUUCUGGUUACACUGGGCUAAACUGUGACCAAGAGGUCCCUGCUUGUAACUCACUCCAGUGUGGAAAUAACACACAGUGUGUAGAAGAAAAGACAGGGAGAUUCAGCUGCGAAUGUCUGCCUGGUUUUCAGGAAAUUGCAAAGACCUGUGAGGCAAUAGAUCCAUGUACUACAAACAUCUGUGACAAGAAUGCACACUGCGAACACUUUGGUAAAGGAAAAUAUAAUUGUAUCUGUCAGCCUGGUUACCACGGAAAUGGAAAGCUUUGUUUGCCAAUAAAUCCUUGUAGUGUAAAUAAUGGUGGCUGUCCGGAAAAUUCUACUUUCUGCAAUUAUGAGGGACCAGGGAAGUCUUCUUGCAAGUGUAAAGAUGGAUUCAUCGCCAAGAAUUCUACACAAGGUUGCAUCUUGAAAGAUGUUUGCAAGCCAUCGCUCUGUAAUAAGACAGCAAAGUGUGUAACUGUGUCACCAGGAAAUUUUGAGUGUGUCUGUAAACCAGAUCAGAUUGGAGAUGGCCGCAAGUGCAUUGGGCCCCUAAGGGAUGUGAUCCAAAAACUCAUCACCAACCAGUACAGCACUGCAACGCUUGCAAUGUUUGAUAAUGGAUGCUCAUUAACAUUGAGUAAAAUGGGACCUUUUACAGUCUUUCUUCCUCUAGUGAAGAAACAAAAAAACAACCAGGUAAAUGAAACAAACAAGUUUUCAUGCAAACAGCACAUCAUACCUGGUGUUUUACUACUGGAGGACUUUGAGAAUACUGUGACUAUUGAAACAUUGGCUGGCGAUACAGUUCAAGUGAACAGGAAAGAUAAGCACCUGCAGCUUCUAUUCCAAAACAAAACAUACAAUAUCGUGAGGGGCAACAAAGCAGCAUCGAAUGGCAUCAUUCACACGAUUGAUCAGUUUUUAUCUGGAAACGUUGAAAAUCUUGGAGAUCCACAGAAAACUGUUGCUGAUAUUCUUGCUACUGGACAGCUGUUUAGUAGGUUUGAAACCAUUCUUGAGAAUUGUGACCUCCCUUUAAUACUGGAUGGCCCUGGGCCUUAUACAGUGUUUGUGCCAAGUAAUGAUGCAGUGGACAAACUGAGAGAUGGAACAUUAUUCUAUAUGUUUGGUGAGGGUCGGCCAAAACUUCAAGAGCUUGUGAAACAUCAUAUCUUUGCAUCUGGCAGGUUGCCAGCAGACAGAUUAUCAACUAUGCCUCGAAUCUUAACAAAGGCUAACCAGAUAAUAUCCAUCAAUGUUACUAUUAAUGGCCAGAUUCUGUUGGGUGGCAAGGGAGUUCCUUUACAUAAAAGAGAUAUUGUUGCUUCAAAUGGCAUCAUUCACACUUUGGAUGGCAUCCUUAUUCCUCCUUCAAUACUCCCCAUCUUGCCGAAAAAAUGUGAUGAAAUUCAUUAUCGCAUAGUAACGGCUCCCUGUGGAGACUGUUCCUCGUUGAAUGAUAGCCACUGCCCAGAUGGAAGCACGCCAAUGGAAACGUAUGUACAAAAUUGUGUGUACGAUACAUCAAUUGAUGAUGUUAUCUAUAGUAGGAGCUCUGGCUGUGCUAGACACUGUAACCAGACCGUUGUUAAACCAGGAUGCUGCAAGGGGUUCUUCGGUCCAGAUUGCAAGCCUUGUUUAGGUGGUUUCAAAAAUCCAUGUUAUGGACACGGACAGUGCACUGAUGGAUUAGAAGGAGAUGGUUCGUGUAAAUGUUAUUCAAACUUUAAAGGAAUUGCUUGUCACAUUUGCUCUGGUCACAACAAACAUGGCAAAAACUGCAACCAAGAUUGCCCUUGUUUGCAUGGGAUUUGUGAUAACAGACCUGAAAAUGCAGGGAUUUGUCAGCCUGGCACAUGUGAAGAGGGUUUCACAGGUAUAUUCUGUGACAAGAAGACUGAGUCUUGCGGUCCAAGUGGUUUAUCCCAAUACUGCCAUGCAUUUGCUGUGUGUGAAUAUGACAAUGGUACUGCCAGAUGUGUAUGUAAAAAUGGAUACGAGGGUGAUGGGAUUUCCUGUCAAGUACAGGAUCUUUGUAAAAAUCCUGAUCGAGGAGGAUGUGCUGAGAAUGCAGAAUGUUUUAGUGUAGGUCCUGGGAAUAUAACCUGCCAAUGCAACACUGGAUGGACCGGAGAUGGGAGAAUCUGUGUUGAAAUAAAUGAGUGCUUACUGAGCACCCGAGGAGGUUGUGACGAGAAUGCUGACUGUCAGUACAUUGGGCCUGCACAGAGUCGCUGUGCAUGCAGGAGAGGGUUUGCUGGUGAUGGCAAGAAGUGCACUGCUAUUAAUCCAUGCCUGGAGGAGAAUGGUGGAUGUCAUGUAAUGGCUGCAUGUGAACCUAUCAAAAAUGGAAAUCGAAAGUGUACCUGCCUUCAAGGCUAUGCUGGAGAUGGGAUUAUGUGCUUUGGGGACAUAUUAACGGAGCUGGCAUCAAGUGCGUACUUUUCAAGGUUCAAUGACUGGCUCCAGAAAUCCAUGCAUAGUAUGGAGUUUCCUGCAGGAGCUAAUAUGACUGUUCUCGUGCCAUCAGAGACUACCAUAAACAACAUGGAUAGAGCUGACAUCGAAUCUUGGGAACAACAGGAUAGUCUACCAUUCAUAGUCAAGUCACACUUUAUUAUGGGUGGACUUACCAUUGAUGAUUUAAAAGAGUAUGAAGGACAGAACUUAUCAACAAUGAACAUAUUAACCAGGUUACCAAUCAAGAAUGAAAAUCAGACUCUGACUAUUGGUGGGGCGAGAAUUAUUAUUCCCAAUAUCCCAGCAGUGAAUGGCUACCUCCAUAUUAUUGAUAAGAUCUUAUUCCCUCCUUCGGAAGAUUUACCUCCACUUCUGCCUAGUUUGCUGGAUCUUCUAGAACAGCUGCCUCAAUACUCUCGUUUCAAACAAUUAUUACAGCAAUACCAUCUAAUUAAUAAAAUAGAAUCGUCCGAACAGUACACUGUGUUAAUACCAGAAGAUGCAACACUUGAAGAGUACUGCAGAGCGAAGAAUAUUGAACAGCUGGAUUACAAUUCUGUGAAGUAUCACAUUAUUCUUGGGGAGAAGCUCCUAUAUGACAAAAUCAAGGAUGGAAUUCAUAGAGGAACUAUGCUGGGAUCAUCCUAUCAAGUAAUAUUCUACGCUAAGAAAGAUCAGAUUUUAAUAAAUGACAUUCCAUUAAAUGAUUUUCACAAUGAAACAAGAAAUGGGAUCUUGCUAGGAAUGACUCAGGUUCUUCAAAUGCAGAAGAAUAGAUGUGACACCAACGACACUGUAACGGUAGAGGGAAUAUGUGGCAGCUGUGAUCAUAAUCCCAUCUGUCCUCAGGGGACAACCCCAAUGGAAUUUCCUCGCCAACUUAGAACACCCAACUGCUAUUAUAAAGAAUUUAGAAAUGGCAAAAACAUGAAAUUUUCUGGCUGCAAGCCCAGCUGUAUAAAAGUAACCUUAACUUCAGAAUGCUGCUUAGGAUACUUUGGACCAAAGUGCCAGAUGUGCCCUGGCAAGCCAGAUGCUUGGUGUUCCAAUUUCGGCAUCUGUCAAGAUAGUAUUAAUGGAACCGGAGAGUGCCUGUGUCAUGAAGGAUUUCAAGGCACUGCCUGUGAAUCAUGUGAGGCUGGUAGAUACGGAACACAUUGUGAACUCGAAUGCAUGUGUGUAAAUGGGAAAUGCAACGAUGGACUAGACGGUGAUGGAAGUUGCGACUGUUUCAAAGGGUGGAGAGGCACAAAUUGUGAUAUAGGAAUUGUGAAUGAUCACUGCAAUGAUACUUGUCACCUCAAUGCCAAUUGCCUUCCAGGGCCAUCUGGCUCUCUGGCCUCCUGCUUCUGUUCUGCUGGCUACACUGGAAAUGGAACCUACUGCUCAGAAAUCAACCCCUGCCAGGUUAAUAAUGGCGGUUGUUCAGUGUAUGCCAACUGCACCAACAUUUCUGCAGGAGAGAGAAUGUGCACCUGUCAUGACGGUUACACUGGGGAUGGGCUAAUCUGUUUAGAAAUUGAUGGCUGUAUAGAAGGAAAUGGUGGCUGUCAUGAAAAAGCAGAAUGCACUAAAACAGGACCGAAUCAGGUCGCCUGUAAUUGCCUCCCUGGAUACUAUGGAGAUGGAAAAAAAUCCUGUGCACCUGUCAACCUUUGCGAAAAGAAAAAUGGGGGCUGUGGUCCAUUUGCCCGCUGCCAGGUGACAGGGCCAGGAACGAGAAAAUGCACCUGCAGGAUGGGCUACAUUAUGGUUGGACUUUCUUGUCGGGGCAAAAUCUCACAGGAACUUGCCCGGGAAUCAGAUGCAGCCUUGUUUUACAGAUACCUUCAGACAAACAACAUCAAAGAACUUAAUGGCAAAGGGCCGUUCACGGUGUUUGUGCCAAGGCUGGAUCUUAGUCAGAAUAACACGAUGGAAGAAUGGAAAACACGUGGUUUGAUUGGAGAUUUGCUUCGCUAUCACAUUGUAGGCUGUGGGAAACUUUUCCACAAUGAUCUAAGGAAACAGACUUCCCUUGUUGCUUUAUCUGGAAACUCUAUUCGGAUCUCCUGGAAACAGAAUGCAAUUUACUUGAAUGGAGAUGCACAACUCAUCAGCACUGACUACAUUGCAACAAAUGGAAUUGUCCAUUACAUCAACAAGGUCUUAGUUCCAUUCAACUUAAAAUCUAGCAACCGAUUAAUCACACCACCUCUGCACAAUAUCACCACAGUUGCAAAUGCUAAUGGAUACAAGAUCUUUAGUACUUUAAUCAAGGAAACAAACCUGCUACCUCUACUGGAAGAUCCAAUCCACAGACCAUUCACAAUGUUGUGGCCAACAGACGAAGCAUUUAAUUCUCUUUCAAAAGAGAGGCGGGAUUGGCUUUAUAGUAAUGAGAACAAACACAACCUUGUGGCGUACCUAAAAUUUCACAUGAUCAGGGAUUCAAAGACUGUAGCAGCAGACCUUCCACUUAUCAGCAGCAGAAUGACGAUGCGAGGAUCAACGAUUUCAGUCAGUUGCAGCAGGACUAUAAUUGGAGAUCUGAUUGUGAAUGAUGGAAGUGCUCAGAUUGUUCAAAGACACCUGGAAUUUGAUGGUGGAAUUGCAUAUGGCAUCAAUAACCUCUUGGAGCCUCCUCAUAUAGGAGCUCGGUGUGACGCACUUACAAUGCAUGCUGCUCAUGGUCCCUGUGGUAAUUGUUUGGAACCUCCUCCCUGUCCUCCUGGAUCAAAACCACAGGAUGGUUCAGAUUACCAAAACUGUUCGUACAGCCAAAGGAACAUGGCAGGGAGACAUCUAUCUCACAUUCGGGACCUGUUCGGCGAUCAGAUAUAUUUGCCUGUGUUUCCCUAUUCUGUUAUCAGAGGAAAGUGGUUUCGUCAUAGUCCAAUCCAUGCUUUACGUGGCUGCAGCAGACAAUGUGUUAAUCCCUUAUGGAUUCCCCAGUGUUGCAAAAAUCAUUAUGGCCCUUAUUGUCAAGUGUGUCCUGGAGGAAUACAGUCCCCUUGUAGUUCUCAUGGAAGUUGUAAUGAUGGAAGACUUGGAAAUGGAACAUGCCAGUGCUCAGUGGGGUUCAGUGGAACAGCCUGUGAACUAUGCGAAUCGGGCAGAUAUGGACCAAACUGCGAAAAAUGUAAUUGCACAGAAAAUGGAUUCUGUGAUGAAGGAAUUUCUGGUGAAGGAACCUGUUUCUGCAGAGAAGGUUGGACAGGAAAAUACUGUGAAACAAGAUCUGCUUUAAAACCUAGAUGUUCUCCAAAGUGUGACACCAAUGCUGUUUGCAGAACUGACAGCAUUUGUGAGUGCAAUCCAUACUAUGAAGGUGAUGGAAGAAAAUGUACAGUGGUUGACCGCUGCAAGAACAAUAAUGGAGGCUGCCAUCAACAUGCUGCCUGUAUUCAAAGAGGGAUUAACAUAAUCUGCGCCUGUCAAUCAGAAUAUGAGGGAGAUGGCUAUGUCUGCAUUCCAAUAGACAGGUGUGUCGAUGGCAGAAAUGGUGGAUGCAGUGAGCAUGCAAUAUGCAUCAACACUGGACCAAACAAACGGAGGUGUGAAUGCAAAGAAGGAUUCAGAGGUGAUGGUAUCCAGUGUCUGGUUAAUGCCAAACCUCCUGUAGAUCGCUGCCUUGCAAUGAACCUAUGUCAUUCUAAUGCCUUUUGCAUUGAUCUCCACUUCAAAGAUAAAACAGCUGGAGUAUUCCAUUUGCAGUCACCCAGUGGGAAGUACAAAUUUACCUUUGAAGGUGCAGCAGCUGCCUGCAAUGUCGAGGGGGCUACUCUGGCAAGUUUUGAUCAACUUGCUACCGCCCAGCAGUUUGGUUACCACCUGUGCAUUGUUGGGUGGAUGGCUGAUAGAAAGGCAGGGUAUCCCACAACCCAUUCAAACCCUAACUGUGGCUCCAGCAAGAUUGGCAUCGUUGAUUAUGGAAUCCGAUCAAAUCUCAGUGAGCUUUGGGAUGCCUACUGCUUUCGAGAGCAAGAUAUUCAGUGUGCAUGUAAGGAAGGCUUUGUGGGUGAUGGUUACUCCUGCAAUGGGAACCUUGUGGAAGUGCUCGCCAGAUACUCCAAUUUUUCAGUCUUUUAUUCUAAAUUGUUAGAUUAUGCCAAUGCGACUGAAGAAGGAAUGGAAUUCCUAGAAUUCCUGUCAGAUGAGACAACCAAUGAAACUUUGUUUGUGCCCUUAGAUUCUAGUUUUGGAACAAAUGAGACAUUACCAUGGAGGGAUCUUGAAAACCACAUCUCCAGGAACAAUAGUUUUAUUUACUAUGAUGAGUUGAGUGAUGACACACUCAUUUCAUCCAGGCUAGGAUAUGAUCUUCUCAUUGUUGAAACUGGACCUGCAAAUCAGAGCCUCCUCAAUAGCUCAAAGCUUGUGAAUGGCAGGCAUAUUUUGAAAUGGGAUAUAGUUGCCAGCAACGGAAUUAUCCAUGGCAUAGAGGGACCUUUAACAACUCCUCAUCCGGUUAUAACUUCUGCAAAGUCAUCCCAUGGUGUCCUUGGUGCAACAUUGCUUCUAGGAGUGGGAUGUUUGAUUGCUGCUAUAGUUGGGUUGAGUUUUUAUCUCCGACGCAGGAAUGAGGUUUUCCAAUUUCAAUACUUCAAGGCCAAUGACGAUGAUGGUAUGGGCUUCAGGCCAGAGGACAAUCCUGCUUUGGUUUCUGUGCCAAAUCCAGUUUACGGCGCUUAUGGUGUAGUUACAGAUAGCACCAUCGAGCCAUUUGAGGGCAAUGAUGAAUAUGGAUAUUAUUCAGAUACGCAGAACAUUCUACAAGACUGAGAAGCCAGGCAUCACUGCUUUUUACUAUCGCUCAUACUGUACAAUUUUUAGUACAGUGUAUGAUGAAGCUAUGGGGGCAAAAUAAAACAGGAACAAAGGGUAGGCUCCGACUGAGGGACUGACUGUACAAUAGUAAUGAAAAAGAAGAAUCUUUGGACUUGGUGCCUGAUUACUUUUUGAACUGAUGUGUGGGCACACUGCUGGUGUCAUCAAGGAACAUGUGGAACUCACCCACUGAAUUGCAUUUUCAAUGCAUUUUUGCAAUAGUCAGGUGACUCUAGAAAGACUGAAAAUUUAUUUUUUCAUUUUGUACUAAUAGGCAAAGAUAACAUUGUUUAUAUAUAUAAAGUUGUUAUACUCAUCUUUUUACAAGUAGAUGUGUAAGGAGGACAUUGUAUUCUUCAUUUUUUUGACUACUUUGAAAUAUGGAAUAUAUGCAAAUGAUUGAUUUGUCAUUUCUUUCCAACAUGUUAAAAGUACAUUAGGAGGAGAACCAUAUAGAUAAAGACAGCAAAUAGUGGAAUUGCUCAGCAGGUCUGGCAGAAAUUAAAAGAGAAAGCCAUGAGUUACAUUUUGAUUUGAGAACUUUCAGUAAAACAGUUUUGAUGAAGCUCUACCCAAAAUACGAAUUGAUCAUUUCUGCUCUCAGAUGCUGAUGGCCUCACUAUGUACUGCCUGUUUUUAUUUCAAACUAUUAACAUUUUGCAGUUUGUGUCCUACUAAAAAUACCUAUUAUAAUGUCCUUUUGCUCAAUCUAGUUUUGAAUUCUGUUUCAAAAGCCAGAGUGUUUGCUUAACAUGAGUGGGAUAGCCUAUUGAAGGAGCAAUGAAAAUUAUAUACAUUGAAGAAAUAUAAAUAUCAUAAUGUGGAUUUUAUCCAGCAAUUAAAGCACUGAGAAACAGAUGGUUAAUGGCUAUUGAAAUCAUGUUAAGCAGGCCUGAGUCAUCAAUGCUUCAUUUUUCCAAAAAGCAAGGCCUGUUUUAUAUCAUGUUUAUAUCAGACAUCAAAUUCUUCACAAGAAAAAGAAAAUAAAUGAGUUUUUAAUAUAA